UAUUAUGUCAGAAGAACCCUUGAAAACAGAGUGUAAACAGGGGAGAUUUUGUGACCUGUAAAGGGUAUUGGUGUCAUUUAAAAAUCCCAAAUUCCAACUUUCCUAACUCCAUCCUCCAUUUCAAAAUCCAAAACGAGAAACAUUACCGUUGAGAAACCACACACACAGAGGCCAAAAUCAGAGAGAGAGAGAGAGAGAGUGAACCGAGAAAGCUCAAAAAUGUCAACUUUGAGAAAGAGAAGGCCACGAGAUCACCAAGAGCCCAACAAAAACACAAGGCCAAAUGAAGAAAUCAACAACAAUGAGCUCCACGAAACCCCAAAGAUUUCUGUCUACGAACAAACGAGAGAAGAAAGAAUCAAAGAAAACCUUGAAAGAAUGCAAAAACUUGGUCUCAUGGACCUUUCUCUCAAGCUCAAGGCUUGCACUGCUCCUUCUAAAAGAACUCCAAGGACAAGCCCUUCCUCGACGAAACACCCCACACCCUUUCUGCCACGAGGGCCUCUUCGCCGUUCCUCUAGGUUGCAAAAUUCAACUCCAGUUAGUUACUCAGAAGUGGCAUUGACUAAGAAAGAUGGAUUGUUAGAGGAUGAGAAUAUAAUGGAAGAGGUGGGAUCAAAGCCUGAGAUAUACACGGAAGAGCAUGAGAAGCUGUUAGGAAACACCGAGAGGAGCUGGACGCUUUUUGUGGAUGGGUGUGGGAAGGAUGGAAAGAGAAUUUAUGAUCCGAUAAAUGGAAAGACUUGCCACCAAUGCAGGCAGAAAACUCUUGGUUAUCGUACUCACUGCUGCGAAUGCAAGAUGGUCCAGGGACAGUUCUGUGGAGAUUGUUUGUACAUGAGAUAUGGGGAGCAUGUACUUGAAUCCUUGGAAAAUCCGAAUUGGUUAUGCCCUGUAUGUCGUGGAAUUUGCAACUGCAGUUUGUGCCGACAAGCAAAAGGGUGGCCUCCCACUGGCACUCUUUAUAGGAAGAUAUCAAGUUUGGGCUACAAGUCCGUUGCACACUAUCUCAUCCAAACCAAGCGCCUACAAAACACUGCCAAUGAAGUUUCUGCAAAAAGGUCACUUCCCUUUUCCAACAUGGAAGUGGUGUCCAAAGAAUCUCCACAGUUCAUUCAUAAAACAGCUGAGCAAUUAGAGCAUCAAUCUGAAGACAAAAUACUUGAUGAGUUAAAGAGCAAGACAGAGAACAAAAUAUCAAGCAGCAGAAAUCUGGCUAAUGAUGGUCAGACAAAAAGGGCAUUGACUUUUUCAAGCAGUGAAGUGAAGUCUGAGAAUGUGGAAUAUGCAAAGGUCAACCAUGAGGUUCAUGACAACCUUGGUUUAUCGAAGCCUCAAUGUGAGGAAAUGAAUAACGAGUUUGAAAAAGAGAAGCACGUGCAAAGCAAUGGAAAUCGUGCUACAGCUUGUCAGACAGACAAGUCAUUGACAUUUUCUGGAAGUGAAGCAAGGUCCAAGAAAGUUGAAUCUGCUGGCACCCAUGAGAUUCUUGACGAUCUUGCAUUAUCAAUGCUUAAAUUUGAAGACAUGUAUGAAAAUGAAUUUAAAAGUGAGGAAGAGAAGAAAGAAACACACAUCUGCCAUGAGAUUCAUGAUGAUCUUGCAUUAUCAAUGCCAAAAUUUGAAGGCAAUAUUCCAUCUGAAAGUUGCCUGAAACAUAAAAGGAAACACGCAUCUGCCAUCAACCCAAGUCCAGAUAGUAUUGCUGCAAGAUUAAGGCAGAGACGUUGGAAAAGUAAUGGCAAAGAUGAUGCAGGGUUCAUGGGGGUGGAUGAGAAAGCCUCUAAUGUUAAACCAGCUGUAAAUGUCAUGUCGUCAAGCCAAAACAUGGAGGAAGAAAAUGAAAUGCAUGUUGAGGAUGAUAAACGUGUUGUAUUGGAGAGCAGUCAGCUCAAGAAGCGUACUCAUGCUGAACCAAACCCAGAUAGUAUUGGCGCAAGAUUGAGACAGAGGCAUAGGAUGGGCAAAAGCCAUGAAAACAACGAGUUGCCGGGGACAAGAUUGAGAAGUAGAGGUUAGAAUGAAACUUACCGAAUAUUAAAAACCCUAGGAAAGACAUAGUCUGAAGAUGUUGAUGCCCUGGAAAUCAACAGCAUGAAGAUCAGGGGCUUUUUCCAUUUUUCUCAGCAACAGCAGGAAUGGAGCUUAGGAUUUUUUGAUAAUGCAGCAGUCUUAAAGCUGCUAGAAACUAUGGUUUGCUGGAUUUAGUGCAGUUUGUAACAUCAUAUUGGCUUUUGCCAAGAUCCUGGUCCUUUUGGAUUGGAUAAACUUAUCUGUUGAAAUUUGGGAUUCAAAGUUUAUUGGAGCAAUCUAACCGAUUAAGUUUGAUGCUAAUGCAAAAUAGCAUCCCCUUGGGCCAA